AUGAGCGCACGUCCGCCAGAGGCGCGCCCCGUGCGCGAGCCGCGCAUUCCGCUCGCUGUGAUGGACGCUCCGUCGCAGCGAUUCUAUGCGGCGGCCCUCUUUGUGGCUGUGCAGGCGUGGAAGUGGACACACAUCGUUCGUGUGUGUGUGUUGCGGUACGCCCGGCCGAACGCCGUGGCGGGGUGGCUCGAUCCGACGCACGUCGGCACGGCCCUGCUCAUCGACUUUGCGCUAUGCUACGUGCUGCACUGGCUGGCGAUCCCGCCACGCGCUGUGCGUGCGAGCCCGGCGACCCGCACGCCGCCGCCGCGCCGCCCGUGGGCGUCGCGCCGGUGGCUGUGGGUGUUCGUGUGGCUCGCGCUCGCGCUCCUCGAUGUGCUCGCACUUGCGCGACACGACGCAUGGAUCGUCGUCCAGGCGCUUGCGCCGGGCCCGGCCGCAUGGAGCGUCGGCGAGCGCCGCGUGCGGCUGCAGCAGCUGGUGCGUCCUGCGACGCACAUUGCCGGGCAGCACACGGUGCACCUCGUCCCGCCCGGCACCGCGCACCUCGCGCCUGACGCGUCAUGCCUGUGUGUGGGAGCCCAUGUGCGCGAGGUCCAUAUUCCCGUCGUGUUCCACGAUACGAACCCGGCGCAGAUCACCUACUCGGUGACAGAGCCGGCCCACGGCACACGCACCGAGCACACCCUCUCGCACCCCAAGACGAGCGUGCGUGCACAUGCAGUGACGCGCAGCACGGAGCCGGACGUGCCGCGCGGCGCACGCGCGCUCUCUCUCGCAGAACGCAAGCGCGCACGGCACGCGGCGCAGGAGCGCGCGGCAGACCGCCCGCUCGAGACGGUGCACGACCUGCGUGUCCGGCGCACCGGCACAAUCCGCCUCGAGUCGGUCGUCGACGAGCACGGGCGGCCUGCUCGCAUCCUCGCGCAGGACGUGCGGGUCGUCGAGUGCCCCCACGCCUCGCUUGUGCCGGGCACCACGGACUACUGCCCUGGCGACUCCGGGCACGUCGAGGUUGCGAUGCACGGCACACCGCCCCUGACGCUCGAGUAUGUGUCGAAGAGUGGCGAGCGCAUGCGCCCAUAUACGCUCUCGCACAUGGCUCCCACAGAGCCGGCGCUUCUCUCGCUCGAUCUUGCCGGGCCGGGCCCCCAGACGCUGCGUCUCGAGCAGGUGACAGACGCGUGCGGAAAUGCGGCUCCCCUCAACGACACGGUACGUGUGCUGGUGCAUGAGCAGGCACAGGUACACUUUGACGCCGCACACUGUCGCCCUGGGCGCCCGCUCCCGCUGCUGCGCGGUGGACGCGGUCGGGAGGUACGCUAUGUGGUCGAGCCGCGCCACUCGCGCGACGAGUGGGACGUGCGCGUGCACUUUUCGCCCGACGUCAAGGCCGCGCUGCCCCGGCCGCUGACGAGUGCGGACGCGUGGGAGAAAACGGUGCGAGUCGCAGCGGGCGAGCACACGCUCACGGUGACGCAGCCCGGCACCUACACGAUCGAGCACGCCGCCUCGUCUUUCUGCGCCGGCCAGGUCGCCGCGCCGUGGACGUGUGAGGUGGUGGACGUGCCCCCGCCGCGCGCGCAGAUCCACUUUGAGAGCAUUGAGGAUCCCUGCGCCGGCACGGUGGGCGUCAAGGCGCUCUCCACGCUGGAAGGCGAGCCGCCGUUCCGCCUGCACUACGAGUCGCAGCGCCCGGGGCAGGCGGCGACACGGCACGUGCGGGUCGUGGAGGCCCAAACGCGUGAUGAGCUCGAGUUUUGGCCGAGCACCGAGGGGCCUGUCACGUACCGCUUCCUCGCGCUGGACGACGUCAACUACCGAGGCGUGCCGCUUGAUGGCCCCAGCUUUACGCAGCUUGUGCAUCCCCUCGCGAGCGCCGCUUUCGCGGGAGCCGCACACGCCGAGCAGGACGUGGUGGUGCGCAGCUGCGGUCAGGCAUCGGUGACGGCAGACGUGGAGCUGAGCGGCACCGGGCCGUUCGACCUUACGUACUCGAUGCGGAGCGCGCGUGGCGAGCCGGUCGAGCGCGAGGUGCGCGGCCUAAACGGCCCCCGCGCCGCACUGGACCUGACGCUCCCGGCCGAUGUGCUUCGGCAGCAGGGGCGGGCGACGGUGUCGCUGCUGCGCCUGCGUGAUGGCAAGGGGUGUGAGCGGCGCCUUGCGACGCGCGACCUGCGCUUGGACAUGCGCCGCACGAGUGCGGCCGUCGGCUUCCGCGAGACGCACGCCGUGCUGCACGAGCACGAGGCAGUGGCCCUGGCGCUGCGUCUAGAGGGCACUGCGCCCUGGCACAUUACCUACAAUUUCACGCGCGAUGGCGAGCCGGAUAUCCAGGGCGCCGCGACGCUGCACGAUGCGAACGAGGCGCUGCACCUCACCGAGCCGGGACGGUACACACUCACGUCCGUGCGCGACGCUCACUGCGUCGGCACUGUACUGCCCCAAGCCACGGCGGAGGUCGUGGUGCGCGCGCGACCGCACGCGUCGUUUGCCGGCACGCCGCUCGCAAACGGCAGCGUCAUGCCGCCGGCCGUGUGCCAGGGCAUCCGCUCCGAAGCGACGCUCCAGCUACUCGGCCAGCCGCCCGUGGACGUAGCGUACGUGCACCGGCUCCCAGCGACGGAUGGGCCGCCGCAGGUGCGGCGGCACACGCUGUCGACGGCCCAGGAGAACGUGCAGCUCGCGCUGGACGACCAGGUGCCGGGCUGGCACACGUACGAGGUCGUCGAGGUCGGCGAUGCGUACUACGCGCGCGCGCGCGCAGCGCGCGGCGCCAUCCUGGAGCAUCUUGUGCAUGCGCGCCCCCACGGCACGUUUGCACCACAAAAAGCGGUCACCGCCUGCGUGGGCGACGCGUCUGUCGAAUGGCCCGUGCUCCACCUGACAGGGACGCCGCCGUUCCAGGUCGUGAUGCAGUUACGCCCCCGCCACACAGAAGGAGCUGCGCAGGCGGCCGACGUGACGCUCGUGACACACACACACACACUCGCAGUGCCGCCGGCGCUUGCACCCACCGUGCCUGGGGCCUGGGAGCUCGCCGUGCAGCGCAUCGAGGACGCGCAUUGUGUGGAGACAGCGCCAGACGCCAUCCUGCGCCUGGACCUGGUGGAGAGCGCGGCUGUGCUGCCGACGUCCGCGCGGCGCGACUACUGUGUGGGCGAGCGCAUUGACUUUGUGCUGCAGGGCACUUCACCGUGGACCGUCGAGUACUCGUUCAACGGGCGCGUGUCGCAAGUCGUCUCGCGCACAGCCGAAUUUGUGCGGGUGGCCGACCGCCCUGGGCGCCUGCAGGUGCUGGGUGCGGGCCACAGCUCGAAUACGUGUCGCCACCCGCACGCGCCGCUGGAGGCGAUGAUCCAUGCGCUGCCAAGCGCGCACGUCUCGUCGGGCGUGCACCGCGUCGAGUCGCUGCACGAGGGUGGCCAGGCCGAGAUUGUAUUUACGCUCAUGGGCGAGCCGCCGUUCGCGUUUACGUACCAGCGGACCGAGGCGGUCGAUACGCACGCGCGGCCCAAGGUGCUCGAGACGCACACGGUCGACCACUGGAACGAGACGCGGUACGUGGUGACGACGUCGCAGGAGGGCACUUGGUCGGUGGUGUGGAUGCAGGACCGCUGGUGCCAGGUGUCGCUCGGCGAAGUGAGCGGUCCGGCUGCGUGGAAUCGCGCGACUGAGCAGUGA